AAACAGUAGGACAGCGUAUAGACACCCUGCAACGGGACCGUCUUUUUCUCGUCUUUAUUUUCCCUGGUUUUCCGGAAAGACGACGGACCCGAGGGAGGAUUUUCGGUCUCAGAGGGCCGCACCGAUCAACCCGCCACCCCGUCACCCACUUGCUGUGCCCGACUUCAUUUUUUCCUUGCGUUCUUCUCCUUCGGAGCGGGCCCCCGGUCCAUUUCUUACACGUUUAAGGGAAGAUACGGCUUCUGGCUGCAGUGCCUGCUGCAAACGCCAGUAUGCUCCAGUCUUUUACCCUUGCUCAAUUAUUUGCUCCGAACAAGAUCGACCCAAUGUGGGUGGAAGUGAGAUGGCAUCCAGGGAGAAGAGACCCCUAGCUCCUUCUAAAUCAAAGCAGAAGGCAAAUAAUGACUCUGGUUUGCCAUCCACAGACACCAGAAGUAAGAAGAGCGAAGAAUUGUUGACUUUGAGGCACCUUAGGUUUUUAGAAGCGGUGAGCACAGGUAAUUCAUUGUCUUCUAAAGUAGAAGCAAACCUGCCUCGGAGCAAGAAAGUACUGAAGAACUUAAAACGCAAGCAGAAACUCAGAGCGGCGAAGGCAAAUCUAAUCAAGGUUAAAGUGACGAAAGCAGUCCCAAUAAAGACCCUCAAAAGAAUCGGCGCUGACGUCAAAAAAGGUGUGAAAGCAAGAAGGGUAAAGAAAUCCGAAGAAACAAACGCCAGGCUAGCCGAAACUAGCGCAAAAGUUCCUGAUAGUAAUACCGACAGUGCGGAUUGCGAAGGUAUCACCAAGACUACCAAGAACAAUCUCAGGGUGAAAAAGACCAAGUACACGACGAGAGGAAUCGAAGAGUCGGAGACAGGAGAUCCACAAGACAAAGAUCUGGACGCAUCGUCUGGAGCAAACUCUAAGACCAGCCCAAAGUCCACCAAGAAAGUCAGACUACUAGGUAAAAAAUCAAGGAACAUCGAAACAGAGAGCACAGUAGCCAACAAAAGUGCAGAAAGUGUCGAAGUCAACCUCAAGAACGGUAAGACAUCAAAAGUCACCCCAAUUCGAAGGAACAUCAGCAGAGAAAGGGAAGCCAAUCCGAAGAUCAACGAGCUCGAGGUAAAGGUCUCAAAAAAUAAACGUAGCAUCAUCAAGGAGUUCGACGGUACAGGUUCGAAGAGUCCAAAACUUGGAGCGGACAAGUGCUCCAUAGAUCUAACCAUCGACGAGGUGAUAGCUUCGAUGCUUAGUGACUCUGAGGCUGAGAUUGAGGGCAAGUUAACGAGAAGCCGAAAAAUGUUGAUAGGUGAGAAGUUGUUGACCGAGAACGAAAUCAAGAAGGAAGCUGACACCGAGGAGGAGAAGACUGCUUCGGAUGAGGAGGCCACGGAGUUGGACCUCAACUGCAAAGCGAUCCAGCCGAGGAAGAGGAUUGGCAAUGCCUUGCCCCAGAGGAGCCUACGAAACGGUAAGCUGCGCCAGCUCUCCGAUUCCGGGAUUUCGUCCGAGUCGGACGUCAAGAGGCGUCGCAGGCUCAAUUCGGACGGCGCCGACGUCUCUGAGAACUGCCUUGACGACCCCGUGGAGGUCAGCACCGAGGGCGAGUGCUUCUUCGACUUGACCGCCAACGACAGCCAGGACACGGCGAAUGCCGAGAGCGAUCCCUCGAUGAAGAGCGACGGAUCCAAAAGCUUCGAGGAGGUGAUCGAAAUCGACUCUGAGAUAGAGAACAACAACAACAGCGAGCGGUUGGACAGAUCCGGAGAACUGGGGCCGACGUUGCGCUCGAAGACAAAGGUGAAGAACACCGAGCCCGAUGCGAAGCUCGACGACGCGAAGAUGGAGGAAGCUCCGAGAUCUCCGCAGAAGACCAUCGAGGUCCAGGAGGACACGAAGAAGCCGGUGAUUUGCGAGCCACGCAAGGAGAUCGUCCUGGCGAAGCUGGGCGAGAAGCCGAAGAGCCGCAGAGGCAGUCUCAACCUGGACGUGAAGAAGGCCGUGGGCCCGUUCUACGGGGCCGAGAAGACCGAGGGUGGCAAGUCGCAGAUCGAUCAGAUGAUCGAGAACAUCAAGCUGACGAUCGCCAAGUCGAUCGAGAGCCAGAUCUUCAGCCAGGACAAGGGUCUAGGCCUGGGGAAGAAGUUUGAGGUGCCGAAGAUCGAGGAGAUCGUCGCGCCCCUGAGCGCCGACUCGCAGAAACUCGGCCUCGAAGAGAGCGCCGAGGAGGGCAAGGCUAACGCCUCGAAGAGCGAGCCUAAAUCCGAGACUCCGGAGAACACGGUGCCGAAGGUGGCGGCCACUGCCAAAGAGAUCGAGAAGCUAGUCAUGGGCGAUAUGAAGCUGGUGGUCGACGCGCACCCCCAGAAGACCCUGAAGACCCAGGAGAACGAUCCGGCCAAGGUAGGUACCGCCAGCGACUCGCGCGGCGUCUUCAAGGAGAACCCGUCGACGAAGGGCAAAGCCGACUCCGUCGAGGAACCAGCCGACGAAGGGACGAGCGUUGCUGGGCAGAACGUCGUGGAUUCGCCAAAGGCGAUCUCGGACACCUCGGAGAGCUCCGACCAACCAGGCGAUCGCAAGACUCCGGAGGAUGGUAAGAAGGCUGCCACGAGGAAGUCCCUGAGGAUAAUCGACAAAGUGUCCGAUGGCAGUCCCGAAUCCGAUGGUAUAAGAAAGAAAUCCCCUAGAACUUCCGAUAAGACUGGUCUCAAAGCGACGGAUUUGAAAGCGGUUCUGUCCUCAGAGAACGAGAGUACCCCGGGUGCCGAGGAAGGCGCGACCACCUGCGAGAGUCGCGAGUUCAAGGAGGUUCGUGAGGAACAGACGCCCAAGGUCGAGGAAACGACAGCCAAGGAGUCUUCGGAGUCGAUGAAGGGGUUGAGCUUUCCAGGGGACGUUGAUAACGUACCACGUAUUCUGGAAGAGGACCCCACCGUUGGGGGACGGGUAUCCGCGUCGGAGCUCAAGGUCGGAGACGACGAAAACGCGUCGAUCACGACGCGGUCGGAAGACACCGAGACUCUGGAGAGUAUUUCAAGGGAGGUUGAGAGGCUGGUAGCUGAAGGUCCUUCGGGGAAGGACGCGACUGAGGACGAAGUGGAGGAACUUCCUAACGUCACCUUAGAGGCUCCAGAGGGAGGAUCUCUUCAGGAGUUUAGGGAGCAGGUCGAGGAGGAGGACUCGGUGGACGUAACGCCGAAGUCGGGCACGCCGAUGGUGAUAUCCGGCGACUCGACACCGAUGACAUCGACGACGUCGACGACCUCUUUGGAGAUCGACGAGGUCGAACACGAGGAGAAGUCUCCGCGGGACGACCCGGAGGUCCUUCCGGAGUCCGACUCGUCGGACUCCGGGAAGAACGCUUGUCACUCAUUGACCGUAGAUGGCUGUGAUUUAAAUUCCGAAUGUGCUGUAAAGUCUGUGCCUAAAGAUAGCUUUUCUCCUAAGGAAACGAGGGAGCUAGAUAACUCGGAGUCUAAGGACUGCGAGGAGGACCCCGAAGAGGGACGCAAAGUCGCCUCGAGCGAGGCCGACAAGCAAGCUAGUAAAGACGAGGAGUUAGACGUAAAACUGGAGACAGAGAAGUCGGGCGACGAGAAGACUUCCGAGGAGCAGAAGGCGACGAUCGAGGAGAACAGGCGAGUGCUGAGAGCAAGGGAGAGGACUGCCGAGAAGCAGAGGAAAAUCGAGACGAGACUGCAGUCGCGAAACGCCGAGUCGAGCGACUCGAAGAUCAAGGACAACGAUCCGAUCAGGGCGGGGGAAGAUGCGGAAGAGAACCAGGGCUCUUCGUCGGAGGAGAGGACUACACCCGAAGGUAUGUCCAACAGGAAGGACGAGGACGAUCAGGCCUUGAAGACUGAGGACGAUGCCUCUCUGGAGCCACAAACUCGCACCAGGCGUUCGAGGGAGACGAAGAAACGCAAGGACGACCAGCAGGUGCAACAUUCGCUGAAGCCGAAGCGCAGCAGAAGGGACAACCGAAGGUCCGACCAGCAGAACAAGGAAGAGACGCUGCUCGACAACGAGGUGGCUAAGAUCAACGAGAACGAUCGUUCCUUGGUGAACCAUAAGUUCGGCAAAUCCGCCGAAGGGGUGGAAAAUUUCCGGGGUUUCUCGGCGAGCGACAAGUCGGAGAACACCAAGCCCCAGCAGGACACCCUGAGGAGCAAAUCGGAGAACGACCUGGCUUGCGUCAAGGCCGACUCCGACGCCCCUAGGAGGAACUUGCAGGAUCAGAUGGAGGCUCACUCCUCGAAAAAGGAGGAUCAACCCUCGCCGAUGGAAACGGCUUCCAAUGGGGAGUGCAAGACCACGAAGACUCCGGAGACGUCGCAGAAGGAUUCGGACGAGGCGUCCACAUCAGGGGAGUCUUCCAGGAGUGCUACUCUGACCCCGAAGUUCCUGGAGACGCCCGAGGACAAGGCCAAGAAGGAAUCCAUCCUCCGACUUCUGGGUCUGGAAUCGCUCGAGAAGGCUGCUGAAAGGAUGAACCACCAGAAGGCCAAGAAGGAACAGUACACGGGCACCCUGAAGACGGUGAUUCGCGUGCAGAAGGAGAAGGAAAGGGACAAGAAGCGGUCGAGGUCUCCCUUGAAGAUGGUCCUGAAGCAAGGUCGCGGCGACGGCGAAGGCGACUCCCCGGACUUCUACACCAUUCAAAAGGAGUUUGGAACCAGUGGUUUGGGAGAUAGCAGCUCUGGUGCGAACCGCAAGUUCACUACUAACCACAGACACUCUUGCGAUGAAGACAACGAGGAGGCUGCGCCGAAGGACCGCCAGUCGCUCGUCAUCCCCGAGAAGUCCUCCUCCUUCUCGAUUCAUCCUGGCCGACUCUGUGCCGACGUCUGUUGCUACUGUUUCGGGAAAUUCGGCUCUUUGGAUACGCCGAUGCAUCUCGCUCAGAUGAAGUCCGACGAGAGGCGCAAGAAGAUCUUGAACGUGGAAAGACAUCUCACCAAGGACUCUUGCCUUUGCGACGCGUGCUACCGCCACGUUGACCGAAAAGCCCACUCCAGUCCCACGAAUAUGCAGACCAAGCCUCAGAGACAGCACCGUCAAUUAAUGGUGUCGAAGUGCACCGCUCGAGAAUGCAGGGAGCCAGCAAGGCACCACGUCAAACGCCGAUGGCUGCUCAAAAUUAAAGCCGGUCUGCACAAUCAGCAGGUGGAUAUCGACUGGGAGUCGAGUCAACACACGUCCUUGUCCUUUUGCGUGAACCACUAUUCGAAGAUCGAGAGGUUCCUGACUUGUGCGCUGUGUAAACGCCGACUAGCCAGGAACCACACCCAUCAGCUGGUUCCCACCGAGACUGGCGAGUUGAAUCAACGACUCAGGCAACAAGGAAUCCCGGUCCUCCUGAGCGCCGGGACGUUCGUGUGCAAAUUAUGUCGGUACUUCACGCAGCUGCAGCUCAAGUACAAGGACGUGGACAACAUGAACACGAACCACAGGUCCUUCUUUAAGAGCUACAGGAAAAGAAUCUUACAUUACCACGACAUCGAGGUUCUGGAGAACGAGGAAGAGGACGCGGCGCAGAGUCAGGUGGCCAAAGAGAAGCGCAAGAAAGCCAAAUGCCAAGGCCAGAGUCAAGGUAAGAGCGGUAUAUCCAAGUCUCCGGACGUGGCGGUGAACUCGACGUCGGAGAAGUCGACCCCGGAGCCGAACAAGAACGAGGGGACCAACUCCGAGACGGAUAACGAAAAUCGCACGGCGAAGAUGAGCGCAAUGGAAGACGGAAUGGCGACGGACGAGGACAUCCUGAGCCUACAGACGUCCGUGGAUCAGCUCAAGAAAUUCCAUCGGUACUCCUCGGGAGUGUCCAGCGAGGAGACCAACGAGGUCGUCGAAAUCCUCGCGAUGGACAAGGAGGUCACGCUGACCCGACUGCCGAAGAGGCCCCGACCUGGCAGCGACAUCAACCCCGUCGUGCAACGGCUUGGGGCGAACCCUUCGAUCAGCGUGCGCACCCUCUUUCCCGGGGAGGAAGAGAUGAACCUUCACGCCAACAUAGACUUCAACAACGUCCGCGAGAUCACCCCCCAGGGUUGGGAGAAAUGCGCGACGAUGAUACAGUACGAUCGCGACACCAAACUGCUCUGGCAAGAGCUGCAGAGGCCUUACGGGAACCAGAGUUCCUUCCUCAGGCACCUGAUCCUCCUCGAGAAGUACUACAGAUCGGGCGACCUGGUCUUAGCGCCAAACGCCUCCCGCAAUGCGAUCAACUACUCGACCUCGGUGCACAACCGGCUAAUAUCCUACGAGGGCCCCGAGAAAAUGGACGAGCCGAUCCUGGAGCCGAUAUCCGAGUUCAACAACUCUCGCAGACUGAGCGGAGGCUACGUCCUCGAGAGAGACAGACUGUCCUUGCCGAGCACGAGCUCCCUGGUGCUGCCUUCCUCCUCGCCAACCGCGACGAACGCCUCGCACUCCUCCAAGGCCGGGCCCAACGUGGUCAAGCUCACCCCCGGGGUUUCCAUCAUAAAGAAACCUCCACCGAAUCUGCAGCGACUCGGCAGCCUGCCCUCGACCAGCGCGACGAACGGCGCCCUGAAGCGCAAGGAGGGUCCCAAGGUGACGGUCUCGUCCGGGGGGAAGAUCUUCCAGCUGAGCGAACCCGACUUCAAGCGUCUUCAGAGUCUGAAGCGCCAGAAACUGAUGGGCGAGAAGCAGGUUGCGGGGACCUCCAGCUCGCCGCCCGGCCUCAGGUCCGUCACCCAGUACCAGAAGGCCCAGCUGGCCGCCCAGACGCAGUUCCAGAAGCACCUGAGGAUGCAGCAGGAGAUGCUCAACCGGCAGAGCAGGAGCGACUUCGAGCCCCUGAUCUGCGACGUGCGGACGCUCGCCAGCGACAACAACGCCCCCUCGCAGAGCUUACUGAACAACCUGAACCUGCCCAAGUCGAUCCAGGUCACCACCAAGCCGCCCGCCAACCCGAUACCCAUUCUGCCAAAAAUCCCCAAGUCCCUGACGGUGAUACCGCAGACGGUCUCCAGACCCGCCGACAAGUGACCGCCGACCUAGGGUCGGCGAGCAUCGGGACGCGCUCGCUGCCAAAAGGGAACCAACCCGCGGUUCCGCGGGAACCGCGCACGGCCGUCGCCGGAACGGGGACGCGGCUUGCCCCGUCCGGCGCGGCGCGUGCCCGCGGCCUCCAGGACCGCCUCGAGGCUCAAAUCCGCGUUCGCCCGGAUCUCGACGGGUCCACCGACCACCGAGAGUCGUUCCCCGAGCCGCGCCUUCCGGAGGAAGAUCCCUAACCAAAGCCCCCUCACGACGCGCAACGACGAGACGCGUGAGAGAAUGAACCCAUUGAUUCCCGUUUAAAAAGUGCCUAACGUGUGACGCGGUGACAGAUGAGUCGUUAACUUUUAUUAACGGAUAAAUAACGAUCUAACUGACUUAAGCUGUUGCAUAUAGGUAUAUAGUGAAUUAUUGUUUAAAAUGAGAACCAUAUCAGCCUUUACCUAAGUACGUUUUACUUUCUAUUCUAAAGUCGUCCGGGUCGCGCGCGGCGAGUCGCACCGUGGAGGCCCUCGAGAGGGAGAGGCGCGAGUCGCUCGGACCCGGUCCCCCGGUCGCGGGUUAUAUAUUUACACAGCGUCCUCGCCUCGUGAUCCGCAUCCAGGAGGACCCCGCCGAGGGUCGGGAGGAAGUAUUAAGCCGACCCGGACCGGGUCGCGGCGUCGGGACGCCCACGUAGCGGCCGACCGUGCUCGAUGGACUCCCCUCCCUCGAGAUUUAUACAUACUAGCCCACUCACCGAGCGAGCAUAAUAAUUAUUUGUAAUUAUACUCACGAACCUAGGCUUACGGAUACGUUGAAUCAUCUUAAGUUUAGGCGACUCGCGUUGAGCUUAUUUAUUAUAUUACCCCUACCGCGCGUAAUCGCAGUGUACAGAACGAACGAUUAAUUUUAGUCUAACCGCCGCCGGUCGGGCGAACGGCUAGGCGCUAAUCAUGAUGCAGUCUUGCGAAUCGUAAUUAAGACUCGCCAGGACGUCUCGAGGGGGACCCCCCUCGGAGAUAGACGAAAAUGAUCGGACAGCGUCGAAGGACUGACUAUUUAAUGGGCCUUAUUCGUAGACAGCGUCGAUACGGGGACCUCGCGAAAUGUCAAUCCCUCCUCGUCCAUGUUUGCUUCGGCGUCGGGACGCCCGUUGUCGCGCGAUAUAUACCGCACGUUCAAUGAUUUACGACGGACGAAUCGUCGCUUCCUACUGACGCAAAUGCCGGGGCCGCGUUAUGCCUUCGUUUUGGCGCGUGAUUUUCCUUUACGGGCCGAAUUUAGAGCAUAGGGUAUUUUUGCUACCGCGCUUACCGCUCGUGAAUGUCUUCUCCUUCCCUCGAGUGCUGAGGAUGGACAAGGAAACGCGCCGGACUGGCACAUAUCUCCGGGGUGCAGCGUUACGGUGUCUCUACGGGUUAAGCAUCAGUGGGCCGAUGAUAUUUUGUACAUUGUUUAAUGUGAUAGGGCAACGGGGAGGGGCGGCUUAAUGCUCGGAACCGAAUCCCCGGCUGGCAUUUCGCGAGGUGCAAUUGUAAAUUGUUGACGGGUCGGACUAGCGGUAGAGACUUUUCCAUUGUUUGGGUUAUCAAAUUUAUAUAUCCCUGCCGUGUUACGAGUUGACUAGUUUUCUAUAUAACAUUUUUACGCCCUCGAUCGGGAGGCCUCGUCGGAGGCUGCGUCGCGGCGCUCUCCCUUAUCUCCGUAUACGAGAGCAGUUCUCUUUGAUUGACGUCCCCGGCGAAGCUCGAGCCUCGAAGAGGCCGCUCUUCCAAUGGACAAACAGGGACCUCGACGAGGCAUCGCGUCCUCUUGAUGGCGCAAGUGAUCAGUAGAGUAUAAUGAUAUCGAAAGGGGGCGUAGCUAUAAGUCAGUUAACUUACGAGAAAUCAGUCUAGAGUCGCACGGGCCACGUGGCCGGCGGUUUCGCGCGAUGAACUAAUUAAGGUGAUAGCGAGUUAUUAUCUCUCAACGGUGAUCCUAGUUUACCCAUUGGAAAGUAGAGCCCCGGUUGAUGCCAAUUGGGGGGGGGGGGGUGAAAUUAUGCGACGUUCUCUUAGAGGAGGAAAAAUCAGAGAAACCGAUGGAAUUCUAGAGACCCUCGAAGGAUGCUUCCCUCGGCGAGGUUUCCAGUGAUCUUGGGCGAUCGGCCGUUUCCCCACGGCCCUAUCUCUCGUCCUUUAUCUACCACCGAGUCGCGCGAGUUUGCCCCCUGAUUUUUCCUAUCCGCUACCCUGGAAGACUAGAGACCGCCUUUGAUAGGGCGCCCUAUGGGAAAUGUCCAAAAGCAGGGAAAAUGGACCGUUUGUUAUUGAACGAUCACGCGACGAUCCUUCCAAGGAGACGCGUUUUGGCAUUUACCUAGAGACAGCGGCAGAGGGGACGGCCCAGGACCCUCUGCCUCCAGUUUUCCAAAACGUCGUCCCGGGGAAGGACAUACCCUCGCUCUUAGACUUUUCUCAAAGGGACCCUCGCCGAUGACCGAAGGUCGAGGAUUGUGCCACGAGUGAUAGUUCAAGUGUACAUAGUUAGCGUUGUAAGUCUGCGAUUAAGUUGGAACCGGGAUAUGUGGGAGAGAGAAAGAGCGGCACCGGGAAGUCGGUCGAGAUUUCUUAAUCAUUGUACGAGCGAGCGACGCGUCGCAGGGUCGGAGGGCUGUACGUGGCGUACCUAGUUUUCGUUUCUGGCAAUAAGGAGGAUAUAAGGAAGAGAAGCGCCUUUCUCGGGUCCCCGGUGGCUCUCGGAGGGAUACGAGGAGAGGACAUCUAAGGGGUCUCGCCGGGGAACCGAAAGGGAACUCGGAACUCAACCUCGGGUUUAGGUAGCACGUAGGUGGCGAGGUAAAUACACCUAGGCGCGUCCCCUUUAUACAUGUAUAUACCCUAUACAUAAAUACAUAACGAAUAGUGAGCCACACGGAUACGGUACACGCGGAGGUGCGCGCGACGUAUAUAUUUAUAUAUAUAUAUUUAAAAAUUCUCUAUUUUACUAAGGAUAUUUUUUAUAUAUCUAUAUAUAUAUAUAUAAAUAUAUAUAUAUACAUACAUGUAUAUCGAAAAACUAGAAGUGAUGGACCGCAAUCGCUUGGCAAGGACGAUCGAGAUAAUAAUUGUUGAACAGGCGGUCGCGUCCUUGGAAACGCACGAUAGCGGCCGAGGGGAUGCCGAGGACCUUGAAGAGCGUGCUUUAGGGGAUUCCUUUUUAUUGCACGAGGAAAAAUGAACGGCCAGGGGUUUCUUUUUGUCACCGUAGGACUUGGAAAUUUCGAUCGGUCGAUCUCUGGGAGGUCGAGACCUCGCUUCCGGCGCGAGUCGUUGCAUGGCUCGGACACGAGUGUUCGGGCCUUUACUAAUCGUUACGUUGGCGAAGAUGUCUAUUUUUCUAUAUGAGCACCGGUGUGGAAGAAAUUUAUGGGGAAACCUCGAUCGGGUUAACGCGAGUACAGGAUGAAAUUUCGCCGGGGGUUAAGUGCAAGGCUUCGGGGAGAUCGCAAUGAGACAUUUGUACGGGAGCGCGGAGUUCACCUGGUGGAUUUCUCGUGCUAAGGGGAGAUAGGGUGAAAUGCGCCGAUUUGUAGGGUAGGAGUAACGACCGGUCGGAGGGACGGGGAGACGACUUUUAGGACGCUUUGAGGAUGGUGACGAGCCAGGGGGAAAGGGUGCUCUUCAGGGUCCCGGAUGGCUCGGCCGGUAUUCUCUCCUCCGCAGCGCUUCAACGCCCGCGACUCUGUGGACGGCGCGAGGGCGAACGCGAACUGAGUUUAAGUUUUAAGAAUUCUAUUUUUCUGGUGGCAGUGGGUAUAAUUAUUGUAAAGACGUCGCGAGGAGGCGUUCGCGCGAUCGAUAUAUCGGGGACCGAGCAAUCGCGAGUCCUCGGGGAAGGCCCACCCCCUGGCCGGCUCUCGAACCCCACCGGACGAGGAGAUGAUCUCCGAACGACUUCCCCAUGGCUCUCUCUUCCCCCUUCCUAUUUUUCCCUCCGAAUUCUCGCGGUCCACCCGCCUCACCAUGAAUUUCCGGAAUCCCUCAACGCUUCCUUUCCUCCCGGAAGUUCCCUCCGACUCCCGACGCAACCUAACCUCGUGGUACUUUUUCCCUCCGCCUGAAACACGGACAAUUACCCAGGACGUAGACACCUAGAACGUAAAACGCACGUAUUAAUUGUAACCUAUUUUUAUAUAUGUAUAUAUAUAUCCGGGUGAUGAAAAUUCAUUACGAGGGGGGAAACGCUCCCCGAGGAUGGCUCGAUGUCGGGUCGGGUCCCCAUAGUAGAGUCCCCAUAAGCUGAGUACACAUCCGAACAUGAACGCGGGUAGUACUCAGACGUGUACGUGGCAAUGGACAAAAUCGUCCGAGGCAGUAGACGGACAUCUUGACGAACAGCAUUCGAACAGCCUUGUAUGGGGUGGUGGGAGAUCCGGGGCAGUUUGCCACCCUUCGAUUGAUCAAUAUAUUAUCCACAUCGGGGUGUUCGCUUUGCCCCAUACGCGUUCAUGCUCAGAUGUUUACCCGGCUAGAGUUCCGUGAUAUCCGCGCUUGGGGAGGGGAAGAGGGAGCGAGAGAGUAUUUUUCAAAGAUUUGGAGUCUUUUUCGGAUUCCAGCGCGAUUCUGGAGCGACUUCGAGGGGGGUCUCCCGAGGACCCGCGAGCCUGGGAGGGCCUCGACAGAGAGGUCCCCCUUUUUUUUGGGCCCAGCGAUAUCGCUCGAACGAUUCGGAGAUAUAUCGAUGUCGAUCGAGGAAGAUUGACCUCGUUUCCUCUGGUGUGCGCCCGGGUUGGUCCAGGAACGGCGGUUCCGAGACUCGAAGACCGUUCGCAUUCGGCUUUGCGCGGUCGGGCUAGGGUCCCGUUUUCCUCUUUUUUUUUUUUCCUUUUCCGUUCUUUUCUUUUCUUUUCUUUUUUCUCUUCCCGCGGGACCCGGACUCCCGGCCGAGCGAUCUCCGGGAAGAUCGCCACGAGGGUCGCGGGGCCACCAGCUCCAGGGUGCACCUCCUCCGAGGGGCGACGUGUCUCGCCCGGGUCCGGGAACCCCGCGGCCCCGGCCGAGGUCUCGGCUAUCAAUAUUACGUUAUUUAAAUUAAUAUUAUUAACACACGUUACUACUAUUAUAACAGCCUCUGUUUAUUUAGUUAUAAAAUGUAAUAGCUGUUUAGUUCUCCAUCCUUUGUAUAUAUUCGCAAGACAGAAUAAAAAUGCAAAAAAAAAAAA